CCCCACUUAGAAUCACGUACUCAAAAGAAAACAAAACCAUGUAUGCGCGAAAGCAUCAUGACUCUUAAACAAGUAACUCCAACAAAGAGUUUCGUUAACCCAUAAGCAUAGCUAAUGGGAGCUCUGUCAUAAUUAAGAAAUUACUACCAGUUCAGCACCAACUCUAACCACAAGAAAUGAGGUUUAGCAAGAUGAUAUGAUGAAAAAUUGAAAAUCACGAUGGCAAGUUAGGUUCCACUUAUUUCAUUCAUGUAAAUAGAAAAUUAUAAGAAGAGCGAGCUAGGCUUGAGAAUGGGAAAGUUGAGAGAGCUUGAGAUGCUUGCUUAGUUGCUUCCCACCUUCUCCAGUUCAGUAAUUCUCCAGAUGGACACCAUAUUAAUAACCCUUAUAGCUACCCUCAUUUAUGCAGCGGAGGGCUGGAGGGGCACCCACACUGGCUCGCUCCCUCAUGGGGCGGGAAAUGAUAAGCGAGAAUGGAGUAAAAGGUCUGAAUGAUGGUCAUAAGGAGGAGGAUAGUGGCAACGACGAGAGAGAUGAUAGACCAAGGGGAGCGGAAGUAUCUGUUCUUCAAGGUGGUCCGCUGAAUGUGCCAAGGAUUCCUGUAAUACUCGUGCACCUCAUCAAACAGGCGCAUCAAGUGAUCACCGGUGUAAAAUUUAAUAUCGCGGGACCUCAAUUCCGCGGCCAACUGUUUCACCAUGCUCACCACACCAGCAUGAUCACCCUCUAUGAUGUUGGCAUCAUACAGAUACUGCACGUCCUCCUCCGUCUCUAUCAGGCAUUCCAAUAAUAUCACGUAAGUUGCGGCCCGCAUCUCCCUGGCACCCAGUUCCGCGCAAAACCACUGCUCGUACGUGACGCAGUCCCGUAAUAGCAUCCACAUGAACGCGCUCAGCUCUACCGGGUGCAUCUCGAUCACAGCCUUCUCCUUCUGGAAUCGUACCGCUAGGAAGCUGUCCGAUUCGUGUUUGCAGCGCUUGAGCUCGAUUCCUGCUCGCCUCAGCUUCGAGGCGCAAGGUAUUCUGGUCGGCCACUGCCACGUCAUACGCCCCUGCUCCGGGUAAUAAUUGUUCACGGAAUAACUCAUCCGGAGCAGAUCCAGAAGAUGUUUCGCAUCAUUCAUAUUCCCAUCUAUAUCCACAACGUGAGCGUCGUAGUCUCCAUUACGCUUCCUCGCUGCAGGAUACUUUGUCGGCCUAAAGAUGCUGAGUGCCAGCAUGCACAAACCACCCGCGCGCUCUUCCUCGGGCGCUGUCCUAGUAAGUUCGAACAAGCGCUGGAGCACGAAAAGGGGUAAUCGGUUCCGGCCCAUCAUCAAGUCCCAGCUAAGCAUCUCGUACGCAUGCGGAAGGGUAUUGACUAUGUCGUCAUCCUCCAAGGGAACCACCCCUCCCUCUUUCCGAAGAAGUUCAAGAAUGAAGCAGCCAUCAAGAAC